AAUCCAAGCAAACAGCAGAUAAAGGGCAUUCUAAAUAUAUUUCUUUUCUAUAGAUGCUCGUCUCCUGUUACUGGAGACCUGGAAUUAGUGUGUCUGCUUGAGGAUGCGGUUGCUUCUUUAUAGGAGAAAAAAAGGAUCCAGAAGAAAUCUGCACAGAUUUCCAGCUUCAGAAUGUCAUCAACAGCUUCCAGCAAAAGGAAGACGUUCACGGCCAGAUAUUUCACCCGCUCCAAGAGCCUGGUGAUGGGAGAGCAGAGCCGCAGUCCUGGGCGGCCGUUGCUGUCGGGCCCUGUGCUGAAGGCGGGCUGGCUGCGGAAGCAGAGGAGCAUCAUGAAGAACUGGCAGCAGCGCUGGUUUGUGUUGCGUGGGGAUCAGCUGUUCUACUACAAGGACAAAGAUGAAGCCAAGCCCCAGGGAUUUAUUUCUCUGCAACGGGCCCAGGUGACUGAGCUUCUUCCGGACCCAGACGACCCAGGAAAGCACCUCUUUGAGAUCAGCCCAGGUGGUUCCGGGGAGCGGGAGAAGGCGCCAUCCCACCCCGAGGCUCUCCUGCUCAUGGCCAGCUCCCAGCGUGACAUGGAGGACUGGGUGCAGGCCAUCCGCCGGGUGAUCUGGGCCCCUCUGGGCAGAGGUACUGCCCGUAGCUCAUAUGCGCAUGCCCACCCUCUAAAACCCUUGCCAACAGGGAUUUUUGGGCAGCGCCUGGAGGACACAGUGUACCACGAGCGGAAGUAUGGCCCCCGCCUGGCACCCUUGCUGGUGGAGCAGUGUGUGGACUUCAUCCGGGAACGUGGGCUUACCGAGGAGGGCCUCUUCCGAAUGCCUGGCCAGGCCAACCUAGUAAGAGAUCUACAGGACUCCUUUGACUGUGGGGAGAAGCCGCUGUUCGACAGCACAACAGAUGUGCACACGGUGGCCUCCCUCCUGAAGCUGUACCUGCGGGAGCUUCCCGAGCCUGUGAUCCCCUUCGCCAGGUACGAGGACUUCCUCAGCUGCGCCCAGCUGCUCACCAAGGACGAGGGGGAGGGGACACUGGAGUUGGCUAAGCAAGUGAGCAACCUUCCUCAGGCCAAUUACAACCUGCUCAGAUACAUCUGCAAGUUUCUGGAUGAAGUUCAGGCCCACUCAAAUAUCAACAAGAUGAGCGUCCAGAACCUGGCAACAGUAUUUGGUCCUAACAUAUUACGGCCCCAGAUCGAGGACCCAGUGACCAUCAUGGAAGGCACUUCCCUAGUCCAGCAUCUGAUGACCACCCUCAUCCGCAAACACAGCCAGCUGUUCGCUGCCACUGUCCCGGAAGGUUUUGCCCCCCUACCCGGGGCCCUGCAGGGCACAGUGGGCUGGGGCUCUGAGGAGCCCAGCAGAGACAGCCUGGGUGAGCCCGGUGGCCUUGGCCUGUCCACCCACAGGACCUCGUCUCUGGACCGGCCAGCUGCACCUGUGCUUUCUAGGACCUCCCUCCCGGGCCUGGGCAGCCAGAGCAAUCCUGCAGCCACCGGCACCAGAAAGGGGUUCCAGACCCUGCCUAGCUGGAAGUCCUCCUUCCGGCAGCAAGGGUCCCGGUCAGGGAGCCCGAAGGGCGGCACCUCCUCUCUUGAGGUGCCCAGCGUCUCAUCCAGUGGGAACUGGCUCAUGAAUGGGUUGUCCUCUCUGCGUGGCCAUCAUCGGCGAGCCUCAUCAGGGGACCGGCUCAAGGACUCGGGCUCCCCACACAGAUUGUCCACCUAUGACAAUGUGCCCCCAGCCAGCCUCUUUCCCAGCACGGCCAGUGAGGCCAGCACCACCUGGUCUGUUGCAUCGUCCUCACGGGAGGCCUCUGUCAGCAGCCACACGGCCCACAGGGCCAGUGACUCGUCCACCUGCAGCUCCCUGCACACCGAGUGGGCCCUGGAGCCAUCCCCGCUGCCCAGCAGUGGGGACCACAGGUCUCCACACGUGGGCCACCAUUUGGAUGAAGCCAGUGGACAUGAGGGUGGCAGCAGCAGCCACAGCAGUGAACCCAACAACCCAGGAAGCCCCGCCCAGGCCCAGGCCCAGGCCCACCGCUGCCAAGUUCUCCAGGGCCUGGUGGCCGAGCUCAGAGCAGAGCUCUGCCAGCAGAGGACUGAGUACCAGAAGAGUCUGAAAAGCAUUGAGGAAAGCAGUGCAGACUUGAGGAAGCAGACAUUGCAGUUAGAGGCGGAGCUGGACCAGGAGAAGAAGAAAUGUACCAUGCUAGCAAUCAAGCUGCGGAACUCAGAGCGGGCCCGGGAGGACGCCGAGAGGAGAAACCAGCUGCUGCAGAAGGAGAUGGAAGAGUUUUUCUCCACAUUGGGAAGCUUGACAAUGGGGGCCCAAAACACUGGAACCCCAGAAUGAAAGGAAGCUUCCUUGUCUGCUCACUGUCCUCCCAUUGAGCUGCCUGGGACUGGAGAGGAAAGAGCUGUCAGAGCCCCACGGGCCCAGGGUGUGAUUGGGUGCUGCUCUCAGGGCCUGGUGGGUGCCAGGGGGACAGUGCCAAGAAGGGCAUUUCAUCCCUUGCCAGGGGAAAAGUCCCCCAUACCCACUCACAGCGGCAGCUCCCAGGAGACAGGCAGCCAACCAGAACUGCACUGGAGAUUAAAUGUGCUAUGACA